AGCAAGAAUAGAUGAACACUUUCUCUAAACCUCAAAAUACUACUCUUUGUAAUUUUUUCUUUUAAUCUCUCCUAUCUUGUAAGAAUAUCAAGAUUUUUAUCAACAUAAUUAUGUAAACAUCUAUUAUCUUUAUUCUGUAUUGUUUUUAUUCUAUUCUUUAGACUCUUGUUAUUUAUAAAAUUUUUAUUAUGCCAUAUUACGCUUUUGCAAUGGGUGAAAUAGUAUUAAUAACAAAUUCAGUAUAUUUCAGAAAAAUGUUAAAAGAUAUAAAAAAAUUAUUAAUAAGAACAAAUAAUAUUAACGAAAGGAACAUGAUGUUAUUAUUCAAAAUACAUUGAUGGAACAUUACUCAAAAUUACAUACUAGGAGCUAUAUGAAGCACAAGCCCUGAUUUUUGAAGUGGGACGUAGAAUAACACGAAAGAAUCUGAAGUGUCCUAAAAAGAACACGUAGGAAAGAUUUGCCAAUAGGGAGUGAGGGAAUCUCACCUUAUCCACACUCCAACCACAACCUUUAAUUACGCUACUUGUAGUUGUCGUAUCACUCCUUAUCACAUAUCCUAAGCCUCAAACAAAACAAAAGAAAAUAUAAUCAAGAAAAAAAAAUUAGAGCCAGUAGAUUGCACCCCAUUCUAUUCUAGUUCUUUCAAAUCAAGCUAGUUAUUUUUCUUUGCAUCCACCAUGGCUGCCAUGAACUCAAGUGUCUUGGCUUGUAGCUAUGUCAGAUCUUGCUCUGAUCUCAAUACCAAGCUCACUUCUAUGCCUUCGGUUGCAUCACCACCACCUGUCUCUGGGCACAAGUUACCUGUGAUCAAGAUAAAGGCUCAACAUUCAUCCAAAGAAUCACAAGCAAACGAAGGAAGGAGAAGUGCCCUUGUUUACUUGGCAGCCACCCUUUUCACCGCUUCAGCUGCUGCUUCCAAUUCUUCUGCCAAUGCUGGGGUCAUUGAAGAAUACCUUGAAAAGAGCAAGGCCAACAAGGAACUGAAUGACAAGAAGAGGUUAGCUACAACAGGGGCAAAUUUUGCAAGAGCAUACACUGUGGAGUUUGGCACUUGCAAGUUCCCCGAGAACUUCACUGGUUGCCAAGAUCUAGCCAAGCAAAAGAAAGUGCCAUAUAUUUCUGAUGAUUUGGAGAUUGAAUGUGAAGGAAAGGACAAAUACAAGUGUGGGUCUAAUGUUUUCUGGAAAUGGACAAAGCCUUGAUAAUAGUUCAUAGUUUACUGUCGUACCUUUAUUAUUACUGCAGUUAAUGAUCUUUCUUGGUUGGCUGUAAAAAAUGAAAAUUAAAUGGGACGAGCCUCUAUUAUUUACUUGAAAGAAUCAAUUACAUGAAGCCUCUCCAAAUGCAGUGCAUUUAGGAUCUUGUUUAACUCAACUCAUUCAGACUUUUUUUUAUUGGAUUCAAGCCGAUUUGAUCAUGUUAAUUGUAAAAUGUGAAUUUAAAUUGAGUUUAGAGCCAACCUAAUAAGAUUGAAUAAAGUUGGAUGAAUGAUUUAUCACCUCUUAAC